AUUUUCUUUUCUCAGUUGUUGGGAAGAUUUCAAGCUUUAAAGUAAAAAUCACCGUGGAACCUUUUUGCUUCUUUUUUUUGGCUGAUUGGCUGAUUGAGCCCAAUGUGGAUUACUUGCAACAACAACAGAAGAGUGUGUUGUAAAAAGCAUCAUAAUUUGUUUAAGAAAAAAUAGAAAGAAAAAAGGAGGAGUUCUUUAUAUACAAGGAAGAUACACAAAAUUACAAAAAAAAAUUGAAGUGCAUAUCAGGUUAAAGGUGUUUUAGGAAUUUUGCAAUCGUUUUUUUUUGGUUUCAUAAAGAAAGAAAUAAAACAAAAAGAAAACCAGACGUAAUCAUUUUUAAAUCUGCUCUCAGUCGGUGAACGAUACUUCAACUCUCACGCGCGCUCUCUUCACCAGCUUGGUAAAUUGCUGCUGUGUUCAUGUGUUCAAGUGUGUGUGCGUGUGUUUGUGCAUUAUGAAAGUGUAGUAGUCGCGUUGAUUUUGUGCGGUUUCUUAUUGUUAUUUUCCUAUUGAGCCUAUGCCCCGUUAACUUCAAAAUACACCACCAACUGCUGGCUGCCGCUGCUAAAACUUCUCACCACCACCAUUGCCACUAACAACAACUACCGCUGCUGGUGUAUUAUCUGGAUUUUUUGUACACCAUCGAACUACAAAAUACAAAAAUAACAAAAAUACUCGCUUGUAUUGAAAAACACACGAAAAAUACAAAAGCAACAUAUUGUAAGGUGUGGGGAAAUCGAUUGAUUACGUACGCCACCAUCACCACCACUAACACCAACACUAUCUAUCUACCAAUGCAAACCAAAUGAAAAAAAAUUAAAAAAAAAUAAAAUAAAAGAAAAACGCAAAAGCAGUGUUGAGUGUUGCUUUAAAAUUAUUUAAUUGUGGCAAGUGAUAUUUAGCUAAAAUUGUAUUAAAUGAGCUUUCAAUUGCAAAAAAUAAGAUAACAGAGCACACUACAGUAGCAUUAAUUGUUUCCAAAGGAUUAGAAUAUAUAAAAGUGUGAAAAUUUUUCGAAAAAGAAUAAAAAUAAAAACAUGGAAAAAACAACAGACUCUAAUAGUAGUGGUUCGUCGUCAUCACCAACAACAACAAUUACGACGCCGUCGUCGCCACCCUCGACGCAGUCUAGUGGCCACAAUGGAGGUGGAGAUGGCCCGUCAUCUACUUCCCAACAACAUGUACUGAAUUCUUGUAGCAAGACUGCUGCUGAUGAUGAUGGUAGCCAAGCAACAACAUAUUCUAGUGAUGGCAACCAACAGUCAACGCUACAACAGCAUCAUUAUCAUCAUAAUCACCAUCAACAGCCUGCGUCCAAGGCGACGACGACAGCAUUCAUGCAAAAGCAUUAUCAAAACAAUAGUUGUUCUUCAACGAAAAAUCAACUUAAUUCACUUGGGUGUGGUCCAUCGGCAACAUCAACAUCAUCAGCAGCAACCUUUGCUAAUAGUGGCAAUUUGAAAGCCUCCAAUGGCACCAUCAUGAAGGGAACAUCCACCACCACUGCUGCUCCAUCAUACUCCACGGCCUCAUCGUCGUCAUCGUUGUCCCAUAACAAUAGCAGUACCACCUUGGGUCAUCAAUCUUGUACUUCUGCCGUCGUUGCCAACGCCACCACUACUACCACCACCACCAACGCCACUAACAACAGCGCAUCUACUUCGUUAGCUUCCUCUAAUGGGGUCGGAUCUGCGGCCUCUACUAUUGCCAUUACUUCGACAUCCUCUCCUGCGCCAACGACAUCUUCGCCGACGUCCACACAAAUGGCGCCUAUUAAUCUUAAUAUUAGCACAACAACCGGAGGCAAUUUCAGUGUUUCAGUAGAUCCUCAAAUCACUGUGGAAAACUUAAAAAAGAUUAUAGCCAAGAAGCUUAAAGUUGCCAAGGAUCGCAUAUGUUUGCUGCAUCGAGAAAAAGAACUUCAAGACGGUUCAUUAAAAGAAAAUAAUUUAAUGGAUGGCUCGAAAAUUAUUCUCAUACCAAAUGUUGAAACUGGUUUACUGGCUCAACGUCCUGAAAAUACCGUAAUGCAAGCCCUCGAAUCCUUAAACGACUCGCAGGUCAAUGAUUUUCUUAGUGGCAAAACACCUCUGAAUUUAAGCAUGCGUCUGGGCGAUCAUAUGAUGCUUAUACAACUACAGCUGAGCACAGUGAAUCCGGUGAAUGGUGCUACCCACAGCGGUUCCAAUUGCAGCAGUUCCUCUCGUACGCGUUCCAGUCACCAUCAUCACCACCAUCAUCAUCGUAGCAGUAGUAGUCGCAGCACUUCGACCACCUCUACAGCAACACAAACUGGAACGGCGGGCUCAGCCGUUGGUGCCAGCAAUAUUGCUGCCCCUCCUGUGCCCAACCAUAGUCACCAUCAUCAUCACCACCACCACCAUCAUCAUAACAAUGUACCAGGAUCAAUAGCAUCGGCCAACACCCCGGUAGUGGCCUCAACUCAAAAUACAACAGCAGUGAGGAAACUGGAGCUGGAUUCCUCCUCCUCCUCCUGCCAAUCACGUACAAAUGCUAACAACACCUCAUCGGCUAUGAAGACUCCAAUAUUAACAUCGUCAUCAUCUUCUAGAAUGCCAUCAUCAAUUGCCAGUAAUGGUGGUGGUGGUUCAUUGACAGCAACAUCAUCAUCAUCUUCGUCUGUCGCCGCUGUAGCUGCUGUGCCAGUUGCAGCACCCACCAAAAGUUCCGAUUUGAGUUCAUUUUUAAGUAAACGCGACUACGAAAGUCUACAAAACAUCGUCAAAAGUAUUGCCAUGGCCCAGCCAUCGCGUCUAGCCCCCUCAUUAUCCCCAACUGCAAAUGCUGUGCAAUCUUCAACAUCUUCCGCGGCAGUGCCAAGCUCUUCUACCAUAGUGCCCGUGGCCACCACGUUCCAUGCACCUCCCUCAGCCGAGGCUGCCCUUUUGGAACAGUCCCCCAUUAAAUCGCUUUCAAAUUUGGUUUCCAGUCCCAUAAAAACCACAUCCAUUAAAAACAUUCCCCGUAUAUCGAAUAGCUCGAACAGUUCCUCCAGCAACUCGGUGGCUUUGGGUCCACACUCAGCAACUGCUAUGGGUGCUGUAGCAGCUGCAACACCUCCAUCUAUAUGUCAAGAUCCUAUAGCAGCCAAACUGACUUCUUGCUUGUGCACCAGACUAAAUGGCGGCGGCAGCAGCAGCAGCAUAAACAUGGCUCCACACUCCACCAGCAAGCAGUGCAUAGAGACUUCGUGCAUUUCACAGCAACAGCAACUGCAACAACAGCCACCACACACACCCCAGUUGUCAUUGCAGCAGACCCAACACCAACGUUCAAGCUCCUUAAUGACAAGCACCCCGAACUACAAGGCUGUAAAUCCCAAUGCUGUCGUUUUAACACCUCCGCUUAACAAUGGCUCAAUUUCAUCGUCAUCGUCAGCCUCAUCAUCGACUUCGCGAUCCUCCUCUUCGCUGCAUAAAACGGCACACAAUGCAAUUAGCCGCAAACAUCGUCAUCAUCAUCACCACCACCAUCAUCAUCAUCAUUACCAUCACCCAGGAGUACAAAAUACCAAUGUAAAAUUGCAACCUAGCAUCACCUCAACACCAAAUCGUGGGAUAGCGAAUGACAGUGGUUUUAAUUCCAGCGACGAUACACUCAAUAUCUCCGCACAAUCACCGAUAAAGACCAAAACUGCAACUGCUGCCAUUAAAAGCGCUCCGCCAAUGGCCACUCCAGUGGUAGUGGCAGCUCCACUGACAUCAGCCCCAGCAGCAGCAGCUGGACAAGCAACAGCCACAGCAUCGUCAACACCAACACCAACACCCAUAGAAUUAGAUGAGUCGGGCAUUGUUUCCGAUUCUCGUACCUUGGCCGAAGCUUCUCGCAAUCUUACCCAGACGCUACGCAAGCUAUCCAAAGAAGUUUUCACCAAUAAAAUCGAUUUUUCGGCCAGUGAGGAGGCACCGCGCAAAAGUGGCUCUGGCGCUGUUAUAGAAUCAAUGAAAAAUCAUGGCAAGGGUAUCUAUUCCGGGACAUUCUCGGGCACCCUAAAUCCGGCUCUGCAGGACAGAUAUGGACGUCCCAAACGGGACAUAUCCACCGUUAUACAUAUUUUGAAUGAUCUAUUAAGUGCUACGCCACAAUAUCACCGUGGUGCCCGCAUAAGCUUUGAGGCUCCAUCUACAUCAGCAGCUGCUGCAGCAUCUGUGGCAGCGGCCAGUGGAUCACCCGGUGCUAUACACCAUAGUUCUAGAAGUAAACAUCUUUCAUCGAAACAUCAUCACUCCUCCCAUCCAUGUGUCAAAUGCAUUAAAACACACAGCAGCGCUUCGUCAUCAACUGUCGCAACAACAAAUGCCAGUGGCUCUUUGACAGCGCCGACAACUCCCAAUGGCGGUGUUGGGGGAGCUGCUACAACAUCUUCUAUAUGCGCCUAUGGUGAAUGCAAUGGUCAUUAUGUUAGUAAAUCUCAAACCAGUAAAAGCUAUGCCUGUUGCCAACCAGAUUUGGCUAGUGGCAGUGCUACGCCGAUCAGCAAUAGCAGUGGCAGCAGCAGCAGUGGCCAUCAUCACUCCUCCCACCAUCACCAUCAUCAUCAUCAUCAGUUGGUGGACGAACGCAAGGUGUGUCAAUGUCGCUAUCGCAUACACAGUGAAACAGGUGAACGAGAACGUGAACACACCUGUCAGAAGUGUGCUACCGAAAUGGAUAAUAUGAAAACCAAAUCGAAAUUAGAUCAGCUGCGUUUGGUCAUGCAACAACGCAAGCAAAAGCGAGAGGCACGCAAAUUAAAGGGGGCUCCCUAUGGAGCACGUGUUGUGGGAGCGACCACUACAACGGCAGCAGCAGCAGCCGGUGUGGUCGAUGCAGCUGCGGCCUCGGCCCUUGCCGCUACGAAUAGCCCAAUUAGUGCAACCAACAAUACACAGCCCAUUAGUGUGGCCAGUGCGGCCACCACACCCAGUGAAGUAUCGCCAAAUCAUAUUGUCGAAGAGGUGGAUACGGCUGCAUAGAUUUUUUCCUAAAACCCCCCCGCUAUAUUUCAAUUUACAAACACACACACACACACAAACAAACAUUUACUUUAUUUAUAGACAAAAACAACAACACUUGAUACUACUGAUUUUUAUCAUCAUUUUUUUUUUUAAUUUUGUAACUCUAGUUUGUAAACUUUUUUGAAACAAAACAAUUUUAGAUUUUUUUUUGUUUGUUCUUCGUUCUCUCCUUUCUUCCUUUUUUUCAUUAGUUUGUGUAGCAUUUAUUAGUUUUAGACAAUACCUCUCUUCUCACAUUACCACCACUUAUGAUACAACAACAUCAAAUACUACUACUACUACAACUACUGUAACAACAAAAACAACAACUAUUACUACUAUUACUAAAACAAAAGUUAUAAUUACAAUGUUUACUAUUUUACUAUAAUACAAAAAAAAACAUAACAAAACACAAAACGAAAUGAGCCACACAAUUGAAAUGCAAAUUUUAUUUCUUUAAGUUUUCUUUCUUUCUUUUUUUUUUUUUGAUGGACAACUAUUGUUAUAAGAAUUGUUAAUUGAUAAGUGUCUUCUUCGUUUAAUCCUUUUUUUUGCCUCCCCACAUUUUUUUGGGCUAUAUAUAUUAGAUUUUAGAAAAAUAAUCUACGUUUUUUUCUAGCUACCACUAAAUGAAUUUUUGUUGGCUUUUAGUUAUUUAGGAAUGAUUUCGGUCUAUUGCUUUAUUAUAAUUAAAUGAAAAACCUAUAUGAACUUAACUUUCAAAAUGCUGCAAUAUAAUUAUUUCCUAUAUCAUUGUCUCUUUUUUUUUGCGUAUAAGGGCCAAGACUUUUUUUUUUGUACAAGAAGCUCUAGAUGAAAUAAUUGAUGAAAAUGCUUUAAAUUCUUGUUUCUUUGCCCACUCUAUGCUACUCUUUGUGACUGUUAUUGUGAAAACAUUGUUGCUCUGCUGGCUGAGCUUCUUUUAAUUUCAUUCGUUACCCUUUUUAACAUACGUUUUUUUAAAUAGAAUGAAUUAAAAACUGAUAAAAUGUUUUCUCUUGCUAUUUUUUCACUUUUUUUUGCUAAAUAAGUUUUAAGACGUUGUGCGUUAAAUUAGUUCAAAACUUUUAGACCCUAACCACCACCUCAUUCUACAAAAUUUUUACAUACAUGCAUACAGUUAUGAAUUUUUGCCUUUUGGUUUAUUGAAACACCAACAAACUACAAACUUUAAUUUUAAAUUAAGUAAUAAAAAUAAAACACACAUAAUAUUUGUCAUUAAUAUAAUUUAAAUAAUUUUCUUUAUAAAUGCC